UGGUCCCGAGGAAAGAAGUUAAAAACAAAUAUUUAAUAGGAUUAGCGUCCUCGGCAAAUAAACAAGCAUGUUACGGGACCUCAUAACGUGGGUGUUGAAUACGUAUCUUGGAAAGUACCUGGAGAACUUGAAUUCGGCGCAGUUGUCAGUGGCCCUGCUAUCGGGCGAGGUUGAGCUCGAGAACAUACCCAUUCGCAAAGAUGCCCUCCGUUCGUUCAAUUUGCCGGUCGAAGUCACCGCAGGCAGCAUACGCAAAAUCAAACUGCAGGUCCCCGUCCGCCAGUUUAGGACCUCACCCUGGUGCAUCUCCAUCGAGGGCCUGUUCUGCAUCAUUUGUCCAAAGAACCUGGACAACUGGGACUACGAGAAGGAGAAGGUGCAAGAUCUGGAGUACAAGCUGGCCGUCCUGGACGCCGCAGAAGCAGGAUGGCGGUCCGAGAAGGGCAAGCAAAUGGAGUCCUACUACUUCUCGUCCUACAACAAUUGGCUCAAGUACGGCACCAACAUGGCCACCAACAUCAUUGACAACAUCGAGCUCAAGAUAUCCGAUGUCCACUUUCGCUUCGAGGACAUCGUGGACACCGGCAAGAGCAAGAUAUGCACGGGCAUCAAGAUCGGAUCCCUGACCGCCCAGAGCUGCGACUGUGAUUGGACCAAUGGGUCGUACAAGAUGACCAACAGCGAAAUGAACUAUAAGCUGGUAGAGCUCAAAGAGCUCUCGGUCUACUGGGAUCUGCUGCACGAGGACAUCAAAUGUCAGUCGUACUCCAACCAGGAGAUCCUCGAGAAAUUGCACUCGACCUGCGAGUUGAGGCCCCACAACUUCAUCAUCAAGCCCAUUUGCGCAACGGCCAGGUGGAAGCGCGACAAGUGCCUACAGGUGAUACGUACCAAAGACAAGCCCAGGGUCUCCUGCGAACUCCUGGUUCCCGAGGUGGUCAUAGACAUAUCGAAGGUCCAGCGGCUUCAAAUGCUAGAUAAGCUCUCAGACAUCCGACAAGUUAAAAAAGUUCGUCAAUACAGGUUAAAGCGGCCCAAUUGCAGCGUGGAAAGCAAUCCAAGCUUAUGGUGGAAAUAUGCUACCGUUUGUCAUGGUUUUGACUUUAAAAAGAAUGAAGAAAAGUGGUUGGUUCUUAAGGAAAACCUUCGUUACAUGCUUCUCUAUAAAACGAUUAUUCUGAAUCCAAAUGAAAAUCUGUCCAUCGAAGAAAAAGAGUUCAAAGCUUACAUUGAAAGCGACAGAAAUAUCUCGGAUUUAACCAUUAUGAGAAGGAUAUGUUUUGAAAAAGUGUUCACAAAAGGGUUUUCCUUUGAAUCACACAGCGAACAAGGAAAGAAUAUGCUCUUUCAUUGGUUUCCAAACUGGAUGGGCUGGUACGCCAACAGUCCCAGUACCCCUAAUAACGAACAAGAUGAGUCGUUGAAACAUUUGGAAGACGAUAUUCUAGUUGCCUUGGAAAACUCACUUCAGAACUCUUCGGACUUAAAAAGCGAUGCUGUUUUUGGGCACUUUUCAAUAAAGCUAAUCAAAGGAUUGGUAAUCCUUCAGACCGAAGAUAAAUUAAAUGAUGGCCGAAGGAAAUCAAUGGAAAUGCAAUUAAAUAACUUUUCUGCCUACCUCCAGUUAAGCCCACAGUUAACUUCUUACACUGUGGGCAUAUCAUUACAAGAAGUAUAUUUAAUAGAUAAAACCAGUAGUGAAACAAUGCACAAUUAUUUAAUCAAGCCGCAAACAGGGAACAUAGCCACACCAAACCAAGUAGUUAAGAAUGCGCUUCAGGAGGAUACCCUGUUCCAAUUACAAUACGAAAAUUGUAAUCACUUACGAUUUCAGCUGAAUAUAAAAUCAAAAGGAUUAGAUCUUAUCUAUAAUGAGGAUGCAAUUCAGUGGCUCUUGGAUUUCUUGGCUGAUGCAAAUUCCAAUAAAUACUCACCGCCCGAUAGAGUCGAGAAGAAAACAGACUUUAUGAAAAACUGGAAUGAAAUGUUUAGCGGCAAUGAGGUAAACCGGAAGAUUUGGAUGUUCGAAAUCGAAAUUUUCGCCCCUCGUAUAAUUUUCUUGGAAAAUUACAAAGUCAGUAAUUCGCUAAUGGUCUUGCUGGACUUCGGAAAACUGGAAAUGCGAAAAAUGGAGGUUAAGAGAGUCAUACCUGUGAUAGAAUCGGCUGUAACGGAAAAUACAAGCGAUGAUGAUGAAACCUAUUUGACACCAUGCUCGACACCACCUGCAUCAGAAAAAAGUGGUUCUGAAUCUCCCACCCUUCUUGAAAAUUCGAAAAUGGAAAGUUUUCUAAACAAAAAUGUUCAGUUGGAGUACGUUCUGCAUAAUAAGAUUUACGAUAAAUACUUGAUAAAUUUCACCAACCUUCAAGUUCUGGUUUGCAAAUACGAAGAAAGGUGGCAAGCUUGCUUAAAAACAUCCUCGAACUUCCAUUUGAUUGAUAAAUUUAACAUAAACCUUACUCUUGAGCAGAGAAAUAUAUUCACUGUCGAUCCUGAAUAUCCUUCGUUUAUGCUCUUCGGCACCUGUCCAACAAUAUUAAUCCAUGGGAACGAAGAACUCAUAAAUAAUUGUUGUAACAUUAUGAAACCCAUCAUAAAAGCAUCGAAGGAAAUGGAAGAUAUUUACAGAGGAGGCAACACGAUUUACGCCAGCGAACGAAUUAAAAACUUGGCGGAAGACGAUAGAAGUCGAGUCGUCAUUGAGUUUGUAAUGGAUCAACUGGUGAUAGAAAUGCAGUCGACAGAAAGAAGUAUUGCCGAGCUGCAAAUUAUCGGGGCACGAGCUGGUUUAGUAAAAGAAUCGAGCGAGACAAAUAUUUCGAUGUCGGUUCACGGAUUGCUCUUAGUAGAUGCCAUUCAGUCUUUCGGUCCUGAUUUUGAACUAUUAGUAGCUAGCCACCGACAUGUCGGAAUGGAUAGUUUAUCUGGCAGCCUUAAACAUAGCGCAAUUGUUUCUCCGACUUCGCCUGGAUCUCCAAAUUUUUUCGAUAGAGCUACUAGUCCGCACAUGAUUACAAAAGCAGUUCAAAAUAUUAAGAUGGGAGAUAGAUCAACAGAAUUAUGCGAGGAUGAGGAUUCACAGGCGCUAAUAUCGGUUGACAUUAAAAUUGUUCCGCCCAAUGAUAGCAAUUCAAAGCAACUUCACACCACUAACAUCACGUUUAACAGUUUGGAUAUAAUUGCUAAUCAGGAUACUAUUCUUGAAAUUCUUAACUUCGCAAAAAGGACUCUUUUGGCACAAAAUAUAUUUCAAAAUGAAAGCACAGAGCCAACAAAAGAAUCGACUGAAAUACCAAUAGAAUUGGAUGACCAAGUCGAUCGUAAAAACCAUAACGAAAUAUUCUUUGAUUUUUUCCGGUUGAAUAUUUUACUUUUAUAUACCAUCAAAAGAGACAAAUUUAAUGUUGGUCGAAAAGUUGGAACUGUCACGUUGACGGAAGCGAAAAUCAAUGCAUCUUUUCAAUCGGAUCUGUCUGUUUUCGGAUCUCUUGGCGGAAUACAAGUUAUCGACAUUACUUCUGAGGCCUUUUGCCAUCCCAGGAUUCUUUCAGUGGGCCGUGAUCAAAUUUUGAGAGCUUCCGACACAAAUAAACAAACCGUUCUUAGUCAGCUUUCCAAUGAAAUAUACUCAAAUAAUUACAAUGAAGAAAAGAGCGACGAAAGUGAUGCAAUUAGCUUUCAAAGCCAUUGGAGUGACAAAACAACUUGCACUUUCCAAAUGCGCAUGGCUUCCGCUUCAUAUACUCAUUGUCCCAGGUUUUUGCGGGAUGUGAACGCAUGCAUUACGUAUUUCAAAAGGAGCUUGCGAGAAUUUGCCACCUCCAUUGGUAAUAAAGCUACGGAUAUGGCUAAGGAGUUUGUGCAGCAGAUUAGGGCUGUCGAGCAAAUCGGUCCAGUUCAUCCGCAGCGAAAUCACCAGGACAAUUGGCUUGAUAUCAUAAUUAGUAGCCCAAUAAUUAUUCUGCCUAUUUCCAACGCGAGUACCAAUGUACUGAUCGCAAACUUGGGAAAAAUAAGUUGCUCAAAUGCAGUUAAAUGUGAUUCAGAUGAUUUCAACGAGUCGUAUACAAUUGAAAUCAAAAAUACAUACGUUUACUCAUUGAAUAUUGAUGAACGGGAGUACAGUUUUAAUGUUCAUCCUGCUAAAAAUAAGGAUGCAAUUCCCAUACUGCACGACACAGCGAUUACUUUACAUCUUUAUGCUGGAUAUGGUGAAGAUAGUGGUCAAGAAAAACAACUAAACAGUCUAUCAGUGAAAGGAAGUAUGGUUGAAGCCCUGAAAGUAUCCCUAAACCGAAAACAGUACGAGUUACUUUUGGAGUGCAUUCGGUACGCCACUAAUUUCUCAAAUGGAGCUUUUAAUGACUCGGAAGAUCUUGAUCAACACAGAGAUAGUGAACCAACUUUGAGUAUUGAUGAUGAACCCAUUAUAAGCACUAUUAUUCAGUUUUCAGUGUCUGUAUUUCAAAUUAACCUGCAGAAUGAAUACCACAACGACUUGAUUAAUUUGACAUUUAAAGACUUUAAUGUAAAACAUAUUGCUAAGGGUUAUGACAAAGAUAUGGAAGUCGUGUUAAAGUCUGUGCUAAUGGAGGACUUAAAGUCGGACCUAACAUCGCCGUUUAGAAAUAUGGUGACUUCGGUUGAUCUUGAAAAAACUGUUAAGAAAAAUGAAAUGUCAUCAUCUUCGUGUCCCGACUUACCAAGCUACUGCAAUUCCCUGAAAAGUAGAUCCAAUUCCGUCCCUUCGUGUUUCUUCAACUAUAUGCAGGUCAAAGUUUUCAGCGGAGACAAGAAGUUCACUUCUUGUAACAAAAGUGAACUGGGUAGAAAAAAAGAAAGUCAAACCUUAGUUACUUACAAAUCACAUACAGGAAGAUCUGCUCAGAAGGGUAAACUUGAACAAUCCAGUUCAAUUCAAUUUAAUUGCUUGAACUUGGCCAUUUGCGUGGAACGCUGGUAUACCAUUUUUGACUUUUUUGGCCUUGUUUCGGUUGACAGCUUCAAUGAAAAGUACACAGAAGAGAAGAAACUUGUGGAAAAACAUAUUGACCAAUUUUGCAGUAAACUGAAGGUGUCAAUAAGAAGUUUCAACUUUACUUUGAUUCGGAAUGAGUCUCUUUUAUCUAGGGUAAAUGUGUCGAAUGCUGUUUUCGUGAUUCUUCAGGACCCCUUUUCCAAAAUUGUUGAAGGCUGCCUGGGAUCCGUGUCUGUAUAUGAUCUUACAAAGUAUGGAAACAUUUAUAAGCAAAAGUUUCUUACAAGUGGGACAGAAGCCUUAAACUUUGUAUAUAAAAAAAAACUGGUCGAUUUGGAGGCAUUAAAGACCUUGGACACCGACUCAACGCUGCGAAUAAACAUGUCUGCAGUGCACUAUAUUCACACCAAGCGCUUUUCCACUGAGUUACAUGUUUUUGUUAAAGAUCUGCUCCAGUUGCAAACGCCUGUUAUAAGAAAGCUACAGAAACAAAGUCAUGGAAAUGAACAGAAUAUGCGUCCAUCGAAAAUGAAGCUAGUGAUUCAAGCGGAUUCUCCAGUUAUUGUACUUCCGUCUUCCUAUAACAGAAACGAAGUGAUAAUCGCUUACCUUGGCAAGUUUACCUUGAAAAAUAGUUUCCACUUUGCCAGUGACGAUAAUAUAAUAAGCAAAAUGAGUGCAGAGCCGAGUAAAAGCGAAAUCCUGGAUGUAAUGCGAAUUGACCUGGUAAAUAUAAACUUAUUCUCCGGCGAAAGGAGCUCAAUGAAAGCAAAACUUGAUCAGGAAAAGGAUCGAAUUAUAAUCGCUGAUAUGAACUUCCUAAGAUUAGGUCAGCCAUUCUUUAACGAGUCGUGUUUCCUUCACCUGCAACUAGAGCGAAAUCUUUCGGCAGAUGUAAACCGUGUCUGUCCAGACAUCAGUGUUCAAGGGACAUUCUCCAAAUUGAAUGGAAUGAUUAAUAUUCAACAGUACAAGUUAAUUCGAAGUUUUUUGAACAACAAUAUUGGGGAACAAACAGAUGACAUCUACAUAAAUUACCAUAAUAACAGCUGCACAUCCAUUGAGAGGCUAUCGACAAUUAACCUAUUGCCAAAAAAUGAAGUGUCAAAAACUGUAUCGAUUCUAAUUUCGAUUAGAAUAUUACUAGAAGACGUGUCGCUACUCCUUGCUUUAAACACUUCGCAUAGCGCUGUGAUAGAACCCUUGGCGUGCAUCCACUUUGUAAAGUCCACUCUGGAAAUCGACUUGUUCAGCGACGGUUCACAAGACAUCGAUUUGAUAUCAAGCAAUAUUCUCAUCGUUGAUGAAAGGAAUGAAACCGAUAAGAGCAAUGAAAACGUGUUCAAGAACAUAUUGGAACCAUCGAAAAAGGAAGUGCGUAUCGAGAAUUCCGUGCAGGUUGAAAUCCAUUGCAGGAAGAAAGCGAAUCUAAGCAAAUACACUAUAAUGCUCAAUAACAUGAGGGUGUUUGCCCUUCUCAGUUUUCUGGACCAAUUAAAAUCAUACUUGCAAGAGGACUCACCGGCACCCGUUGUAAAUACCGUGACAAGUCAGAUUCCACAAAAGCCUCAGAUUGACAACAGCAUUUCCACGGAAUACGUUGUAAAUAUCACAGAUUCAGAGAUCAUAUUUGCAGAGGAAUGCAGUCGGCUAGACUCGAACGCAAUAAUUUUGAAGAGUACAACUGUCAUUUGUUAUAAGCCGAAUAGUAAUAUUGUGCCCAUAUCCUUGGACAUUAACCAUUUGGAAAUAUUUUCCUGUACCCUAGACGCCGAAGAAGAAAGCGCUUUGUCCAUAAUCGAUCCGUUCACUUUGAUUAUAGAACUGCGGAGUAACUGCUUGAACAUUCUUAUUCAGAAACACUUAAAUAUUCGGCUAUCCUAUGUGGACGUUAAGUUAUUUUCCAGAAUGGCUCGACUGUUGCCCGCACAAACAUCGCGUUCGAAAAAUGUUAUAUCAAAGGCUGACUCGGAUCUGGAAAAGGUGGCUCCCCUCGUAGCAAUGGGUUUCGAGCUUUCCGACUGUCUAUAUGCCAUGCAAGUAAACAAUUGGAAAAUCAACGAUGCAGCCCUUUGGCUAUCUCAUCAGAAACAGAACUCCUACCGAAAUCCCGCACUGGAAAUGAAAACCGCUGUGGUAGACGCUAGUCUCAUAUCCGUGUUUAUAAUUGACGAUUGUAUGGAUGCCGAUGUGCCGCUGCUGGAAGUUUCCCUCUCGAAGUUUCUGCUGAACUUCACUUUCAAAACCCAGGAUCCCAAUCCCAAGGAGACCAACAUUCGUCACUAUAGCCUGGGUAAUAUAGACACCGAAGCUUCCGUGAACUAUUACAAUCGUCGUCUCAGCGGCUGGGAACCGGUGGCGGAGACGUGGGAGUCCAACUUAAAGUGGAAGUACACCAAGGGUCACUUGGACAGUAAAAAAAGAUUUGAGAUUGGGGUAUCUAGCAAGCAGAUGCUCAAGUUAAAUGUUACCUCCACAUUCAUAGAGCUUUUCAACAUGGUUCUGAAGAACUGGACAAACGACUUCAAUGACAAUGGAGCCAAGAACUUUAGGCAGCGCUCUCCGUUUAUUCCGUUUGCCCUGCAGAAUCUCAGCGGAACACCUCUUCUUUUUAAACCGAUUUAUGCUCCCCUUGGGGAUUUAACAUGUUCCGAUUUACACCAGUUUGAACUGAUCAAGAACUGGUAUUCUGUGCAGCCCAACGAAACCAAAACAUUUGAUUUCACCCAAAAGAGUAAACUGAGACACGUACACUCACACCAACUGAAUUUACACCAGAUUUUUGUGCAAAUCCAUGGAUGGACACUAAUUGGACCAAUAUCGGUGGACAAAGUUGGGGUGUUCUUCCGAACCACUAAGUUAGAUUCGCAGUUCUUAACAAAAAGCAGGAUAGUCUUCGAUAUCUCAUUGAUUGGAUCUGCCCAGAAGCUGAUAAAAGUGAAGUCCUCCCUGGGGGUGAUUAACAAGAUGGAUCGGAACGUGUUCCUGAAGAUGUCUUUAAAGAGCACUCAUAGUGAUGGACUCACCGCGAUUAGUGUAAUAAAACCCAACGACGAAUUAACUUUACCACUGAAGUUCAUCGAAGCAUCGUUGCAUGUGGCACAUAAUACAAGUGAAAGCGAGGCUUACGAGGACACUGGCUUUAGUAAUGAGGAAAUUUUGUGGAAAGAAUGCGGCAAGGAUGACACUCGACAGCUCCUCGUUGGCUAUGACAAUACCAAGAGUAAACUGUACACACUAGUAAACAUAAGCAGGGAAAUCUACCACUCUAAGGAACAAAAUUUGCCGGGCCACAAGAUAACUUUGUUGCCACCUUUGAAGAUAAACAACAUGCUCUGCUGCGACCUGAUGUUCAAGAUCCAUGAGCAAGCCACCGGAAGAAUAAAUUCAUCGGAGAGUGCAAAUAUUUACAACGUUAACAUAUGCCAGCCCCUGAACUUGAGCAUCACUCUGGACAACUUUCAACUCUCCGGUCAACUUAAGAUUCCCGUAAGCCACAAGGGUGUUAUAGAGCCGAAAUUGAAGUUGUUUGAUAUCAAGAAGAGGGAGUUGCACCUGCGCGUGUCUAUACAAUCGAUCCAAGGCAAGGGCAUGGAACUCUAUAUCAGUGCUCCUGUUUGGAUAAUCAACAAGACGGGCCUGCCCCUGAUUUGUAAACAAGAAGGAACCAAUAAUACAGCGGCAGGACAGUUUGAGGAGCACGAGACUGCGCGGCAAGUGGCCCCCCUAAUGUUUUCGUUUUCAGAUCAGGAGGGAUCACCAGCCCUAGUCCUACGAUUGGGUAGUGCUUUUGGCUCUAACAAUUUAUGGUGCAAAAGCUUUAGCACGCAUAAGGAUUUAGCUGACCGGGAACUGCGAGCCGAAAAUACCAGGGGAAGCUAUGCGAUUGGCAUUAGCGUUAGAAGGGGAAGAGGAUUGUAUGCUUGUACGACCUUCGUAACUCUGUCACCUAGAUUCCAUUUGCACAAUCGGAGUGGCUACAAACUGGAGUUCAUGCAACUGUGCGAUAUUGUUAACUAUGACCGCCCCGAUCCGCGUAAAAUUAUUUCAGCGCCUAUAGAUUGCAAUUUCGCCUUCCAUUGGCCCAACUGGGACCAAGAGCAGAUUAUUUGCGUGCGAAUUCCGGAGAUAGAGUGUUGCUGUUGGUCGAAGGGAAUUCCCAUAAAUGAUGUGCAGAGCUUGUAUAUCAAUGUGCGAAACGAGUGGGGAGAAAUGUUUUUCCUUCGACUGGAGAUCAUCUCAAAAGAUGCCACUUUCAUACUUUUAUUUACGGACGCUCGCACCUUACCACCACCGAUUCGAAUUGACAAUUGUUCGGAAGUCGUCAUCAAUUUCUCACAGCUGCGAUCCAAGCCCGUUUGGAUUACGCCAGUUAGACCACAGUCCUCCCUGUCUUACGUGAUGGAUGAUCCCUUGGGAGCGCAGACUUUGCUGAUGGAGGCGCCUGGCGGGAACAUGAUAGAGUUUCCAAUCAACAACAAACACAAUGUUAAGAAAACAUUGACAUACACCAACUUUAUUUACAUUGCAUUUCAUGGCACUUUCGAGCGAUCAAAUGAGGAGGAAAACGUACACAGACAUUUGGUUUUGGGCGUACGUGGUAAGAAGGUUGUGAUAGUGGAAAAGAACUCGGGAGAUCGCUCCCAACUGUGGCUGAUGAACUCAAAUGGUCAGUUGGAACAUGAAGGAUCCACUCCACCCAUUCAAACGAACGAUGCGAAUGCAGUGCGACUUGUUCUGGAUUUGGAAAAAGCUCCGAAUCCCAUGGAGUUUACCAGUUUGGUAGUUCGAACACCCAAUAAGCAAAGGGCUACCACGCAGACUUGGAGAUUCGAAAAUGGCCGACUAAUGUGUCAUGCCAAUAUGUGCGUUCAGUCGCGUUUUGGAGAGAGUGGCUUGAAGCCCGACUAUGAAGCAGUUGUGGGGCGAACUGAAAACAAGUCGCAGUCGAGUAAGAAAUACAUACCGAUUGGACAGCAUAUUGUGGCACAGAAAUUAAGGCCUGGAUCGGGUCAACUGGAGCUUUCAACAAGAAUGGAUGGACCCAUUUCCACGAUCGAAAUAUGUGAUAUUAAAAUUAAACAAAAUUCAGUAUUCCUUACACCCGAUUUAUUAUGGAUGCAUGCUUCUCUGAACAAUAGGCAAAUUACGGAUAACGGAAAAGUAGCAUUCGUCCAUGAGUAUCUGAUUAAUAUAGAGCUCGUUAAAGGAAUCGGUAUUUCAUUCAUAGCUCGAAAGCCUUGCGAGGAAAUUAUGUUUAUAAGCCUUGACCACAUCCAUUGUGAUAUAGUGCAAAGUGGGUUGGAGAAUUCUUUAGAUCUGAACAUCUCGUAUAUACAAAUCGAUAAUCAGUUGUUGGAUGCGGCGAGUCCGAUAGCGUUACAUACGCAAACUUCGAAUGACCAGGACCCAACGAAAAAUGCAGUCGUGCUAAAGUUUAAAAUGCUACCUUGCCCCAACAAGAACGCGAUCAUAUUUAAGUACUUAACGCUGGACCUGAAGCCCCUAACUGCGAAUCUGGAGGAGAAGCUUAUUCUAAAAGUGGCCUCAUUUCUGGGAUAUGGCAAAAUCAACCGACAGAACUUAAGUGUGCAAUACCAAUUUGAAAACUCUGAGGAUAAGCCCAUUCUGCAGGAUAUGAAGAGAUUCUAUUUUGAGAAUUUAAGCAUUGGCGCAACACAGGUUCGACUCUCAGCAUUCACUUCAUCCAAGCUGCCGGUGGAACUGCACGAAACGAAAAAGGCACUUGGACUCACUUUAAUCAAAUUCGAAGAUGCCUGCAUUGAGCUAGACAGGUACUCCGAUAGAUUGCACUUCGAGACGAUGGAUGUUUACCUGAAGGAAAUGAAAAAGCACUACAUAAACCAAGUGAAAUGGCAUGCGGCUGCCAUUUUGGGCAGUGUCGAUUUCCUUGGAAAUCCACUGGGCUUUGCCAACGAUCUUUCUGAAGGAGUUUCCGGUCUGAUUUUUGAGGGCUCCGUCAAGAGUCUGGUGAAAAAUGUUACGCAUGGCAUAUCAAACUCGACGGCAAAGCUAACGGAAACGCUGUCCGACAGUCUGGGGAAAGUUGUGCUGGAUGACCACGACAAUGAGACGAGACAACGAAUCUUGGAACUCCAAACCAAUACAUCCGGAGGGCACCUUGCAGCGGGUCUGAAAGGUCUCGGCUUCGGGUUGCUGGGCGGAGUAACGAGUAUAGUUAGACAUACUUACGAUGGUGCCCAAGCGGAUGGCGUGCCUGGCUUCCUAAGUGGACUGGGCAAGGGAUUGGUGGGCACAGUGACAAAACCAAUCAUUGGAGUGUUGGACCUGGCUUCGGAAACUGCAAGUGCGGUCAGAGAAACCAGCCGGGAUAGUCACAGAAACGCUCCAGACAGGAAAAGGCUUCCCAGAUGUGUGACUGGUGCUCCGGGCGGUCUUCUACCUUUGUACUCCAAUCGUCAAAGCAAAGGACAACAAUAUCUUUACCUUAUCAAUCAAAAAAACUUUUCGGAAAAGAUCAUUUCAUACGAAGCGAAUCUUUGGAACGAUAAAGAGGCUAGAUUGCGCCUGCUGGUUUCUACCGAAUACGUACGAAUAUUUUCAUUGAGCGACGGCAUCCCAACUAUUAUGUUUGAUUGUCAUGUAAGUGAGAUACUAUCGUGCCAUCCUGUGGUGACGAAUGUGGGCACGACGCCAUCGACGAGUAGUAGGGCGUCAGCGAGCCACUACAUUGAGAUAUCCACAAAUCGUCCGAAAGUUACCAGGCCGAGGAUACGCUGUCGAUCUGAGGAAGUUGCAGAGGCUGCAUCAAGAUGCAUAAACUACGCUAAAAGUGUCUUUGAUGAACGUGAACAUGCCGUUUUAUAAAAUGCAAUAAGCCGGUUCGUGAUAAUAAACCUAAACCUUUUGACAACAA